GCAGUUUGUGUUAAAGCAGCAUUUUACAAUAAAGUUUUACUAAUGUCUCUUCCAGAUAAAUCCUGUCUCUGCACAGAAGAUACAUCGUCGGAGUCACAGACGUCCAUGUUAGUCUGUGCCUGCCCAAAAGAUGAACAUGACCUUGUCAAGCAUAAAGAGAACUGCACAUUCUAUAGGAACGAAAGACUCAUCUUUCCGCAAGAAACGGAGACGUGUGCUUGCGCGUCACCACCGGCUGAAGACGGCCUGUGUCACUGCUGCAGUUGUCCUCUCGACAAGUGCAAGUGUAACAAAGCCGGCAGGGAGGCGUUCGAUGAAUGGCGUAACAAACGGGAAAUGGGCGCUAUGCCAGCAGUUCUAGAAGCAACCCACCCCCUGAUGCAGAAGUUCCAGCAGACGUUGAAACAGUUCCUCGAGAAGGAGAAUGCUAUAGCUGAAGAGGAAAUUCUUAAUUUGCGGGACGAGGUGAGGCUGAGCAAGCUGGCCUAUGAGAAGGAUCUAGAAACGAUCUACAGAAGCGAUCAUGACACAAACGCGCAGCGGGUGCUGAUAGAGGAGUAUGAAGCCACUUUGUCCAAGAGCGCUGCGGAGAGACAGGCGGCAGAGCAGCGGGCUCGGAAUGCCAACGAGAGAUACCACCAGGCCAAAGAGAAACUAGAAACUAAUAUCAUUGCUGAACGCGAAGCCACUGAAGAGCUGAAAGCGCUGACGAACCUGUGCCGUCAGCUGGAAACUUGGCGUGAGGAGACUGAGUCAGAUCUGACCAUCAGCCAUCGCAUGUCCGACAAGAUGAGGGCUGAGAAGAAGAAACUGGCUGAAGAGAAACGGGAAUUGGAUAUAAUGAUAUUUGGCUUGAGUAAUGAAGUAUGGAAGUUGGAGUCGAAGCUCGAGCUGUUUCAAAAGCAGCUGGAAAUCAAGAACAGCGAGAUGGAGAUGGUGAACGACAAGGUGACAGCCUAUGCAGCUGAGCUAGAAGAUCUGGAAUUGGAUAAGAAACGACUGGUCAGCCUGUGGAACUCUGUUCUGGUUAAUAUUACCCAGAGGGAUAAAGUGUAUGACUCCGUUCGGGAAGACUAUAGAGUUUUACAAGAGAACUAUCACACACUGAUCAACAACUUGGAGAUCACAAAGAAGGUGACGAUGGAGGAGAUGAACAGAGGAAAAGAGCUCACGAUGAAUAAGGAUAAGAUUAACUACGAUAUCAUGACGGCCACUAAGCAAUUUGAGGCCGAGGAUGCAAAGAGAUUGAAGCUGGAAGAACAGACGGCACAACUCACAGAGUCCAUUGAAAUGACUGAACGCGAUAUGGACUUAAUUAAGUCUGAAAACCAAACAAUGAGCAACAUUCUGACCAGCUCUGAGAAAGAGUACGACAGACGAAUGGAACACAAGAUGAAGUUGGAGAACGAGAUCCUGGUGAACCUGCAGGACUGUCUCCUGAACGAUAAAGCUGUGGAGUCCAUGGCAAACGGUAUUAAGAAGAUGAGGGAGAUGUCCAGGAAACAGGAAAUUUCCUUGAUGUCGAUGGAGAAUCAGCACGCUAAAAUGAUGCUAGACAUAGAGGUUCAUAGGAACCGCCAGGCAAAGAACAAUGAGCUGCUGGAAAACAUUCAGGAAAAAGUCAAGGAACGGGAGAAGGAAGUGGAGGGAUUGCAGGAGAAAUACGAUCAGAAGUCUCUGUUGCAGUUGAGGAAGCAAAGAGAGCUUGAUAUAAUUAUGAAGAAGUUUUCUGCGUUGAAAGAAGUGUUUGAUAUGAAAUCACCUCAAGAACGUCGCGUCGAGGAGUUAGAGCAGCAGAUCCGUGUUCUGAGGGAGAAGACGGAGAGCAUGCAGCACGAGUGGCUCCGGCUCCAAGGGCACGUGGUGAAGCUGACCAGCCAGCACCAUAAAAUCAUGGCUGAUGCCAACCUCAUCAACAAGCAGAUACAGAUUUGCGAGCAGAAGACGUUGCGGGUCCAAGCAGAGUGUGAGCACGUGGAUGAGGAGCGAGCAAGUGUGGAUCGGAGCCUGCGGGAGCUGCGAGGCCGGUUGGAGGUGCUCGAGCGGACCAGGAAGGAAUCCAACGAGCGCAAUGAUCAUCUGCAGAAAGCUAACCUGGCAAUCAGUCACGAGUAUGCUGCCAACCUUAAGGAUGCCGAGUCGGAGAUAAUUCAGCUGCAAGAAGACAUCGAGACAAUGGAGAAAGAUAAAAUAAACUUAACUCAGGAGCUCGAUCGAGUACAGAGAGAAGCGCUUAUCUGGCAAAGGAAGGGUAUUCUUGCAGUAGAUCUCAAGAGAAACAUUCAGAAUGCUAAGUCUGCAGCCGGGGAGAUCGGACAAAUGAGAACAGAGAUCCAUAGAAUGGAGGUCCGUCGUGAGCAGUUGCGUAAGACCAGCGAGAAGCUGGCGGAAGAUCUGGCGCUGUACGUGACCCGCAGGGACACCGCAAUGGACAAGGCUCGCGCCGUGGCCGCUGUGGAGAAGGUUCACGGUAACUCUGGCCACAUCUCGCAGUCCAGUUACCACCAUAAGCUGAGAUUGGUCAAGAGUGAUGUUGCACGAGUCACAAAAGACCUGGCCGACGCAAAACAGCGUUUGCAGGAAUUGGAGAAGGAACAGUCGCGGCUACAGCGGGAGUUGGCUGACACUGGCGCUCUCAACUCUCAGCUGGAGGAGAGAGUAGCCACGCUCAUGAAAGAGUCACGGGAUGCGGAGAAGCAGAAACAAUGGCUACUUGAACGGGUCAUACGACAGCAGCGCCUGGGCACCGAGCUGGCGACUGCGAUCAAAAGACAAUCGGUCAAAGUUCGAAGACCGAAGGCAACCGUCCUCAAAGAAUACGAGCAAGCGCAAAAACUCAACGACAGACUCAAGUACAUAGUCCAAUCUCUGGCCAACGAGUACCCGUACAUGAAUGAUAAGUUUGAGACCAUUCUGAACACACUGAACAUUUUCUCUCCGACCACAAGUCCUCGGCUGGUUGAAGACUGCGGAUGCUCGGAUAUAAAGGAGGAGCAAGAAGAUGCCGAAGAAGAGAAUUCAAACGUGGCUGAGAAGGAGUGUGAAUGUUAAGUCGUGUGCUGCUAAACUGAAAUUGAUGUCAUGCUGUCAAUGUCAUGUCACUUUUGUACUCUUUGGGAGUACCUAAUUGUUGCGUUACUGUCAAAAUCAUCUUGUCUACGAUCUCUGAGCACUUAACAUUUGGACGUAUGAUAUCUGUCAGUGGAGAUUAAAAUAUGUAAAGUUAAAUUAGAAUACUUAUAAUAUUGCUUUUUUUAACAAUUUUAUUGGACCCGACGCAAGUUUUGAUCUGUGAGUAAAAUUGUUGCACAGUCGCGUUCAUUUAUUUAUAUUGCUUUGUGGAUCGACGCGGUUUAUACGCCGAGUGCGAUCUGCGCAUGACAACACCUACGUGCUCGUAGCCAGUGACACACAAAUUUUGACAUCAGCGUAUUUGAUUACACCAGAGAUUCGUGCCGUGCAUUGUGUUGUUACAUUUUGUAGCUCAUACAUGAUACUAAUUCCGCCGUUUUCAAUAACCUAUCUAUCCUUAGUUUAACAUACUAGAGGUAGACAAAUCUACGCUUACUUACAUUUCAAUAACAUAUCGACAGAUAGCAUUGGACUAUAACUAAUAAUAGAACUAUAUUGGUCAUAACUAUGGAUAGAUAAGAUCUUGUCAUUAAACGGUGAUAGGAAUAUAUCCGUAACUACACAUACGUUAUUGAAAACGGUCGAAGUGGUUAGUAAGCUCUGAAGAGAAUGGAAAUGUGACAACAAUAUACCAGCACAACGUAUAUUAUUGUGGCUUUUUAUUGUUUUUAAAUGGAUUUAUAAUAAAAACACUUUGUAACAAUAAUUAUAAUUUAUUUAAACAUUUUGAUAUAGCGAUAUAAAUAUAAUAUUAACAAUU